CGUCUAUGUAUGGUCCAAUGAACCCCCAGAAAUCAAUUGCAAAGCCAUGCACGAUCCGUUUCGUUUUCAGCGGUUUAUUUCUGUGAAAACUUUGUUCGCACAAGCACUUAAACGUAAAACCCAUCGACAAUCAGGUGGAUCACACAGAAAAUCAUGCCCUCUGAGCAAAAUCGUCGAACCCUUCUUAUUCCUGCUAAUCUUGGGACAGCUGCUCAAUAUGAUCGAUCCAUCUUCCCUGUAAUGAGACUGAAGGAUUCAAGCACUUUUGGGCAGAUCAAUGUGGUCCUUGAAGCUACGCUGGACGAGGUAUUCAGGAUACGCGAUAUGGCCGCCGAUAAGAAACAGGUUGAAGACCUAAUUACAGAGGCGAAGGCCUCGUAUGACGUCCUGGUUCUAGAAAGAGAGAGACUACAAAAACAAAAGAAAACAUUCAAUCCGGUGAAAUUAUUCUCGGCAUAUCGUGCAACUCGGUUGCUUGUUGAAGCAGUGAAUGCAUUGUACACGGACACUAGGACCACCUCGGAGAAGAUGAGAAGGCAGUUACUCUCGGUCGACUCAGCGAGCGUUGAGCAUGUACAAUAUGAGGACUUGCCAUCUGACGCUCGCAUUGGCGGAAUCGCUGUUCCACUGGAGUCACCACUGGACGAAACCUCAGCUUCGUUUUUCACCGAAGCUGCGAAUUUCCUUGGAUCUCAAGGGGGCCUGCUUUCCGAGGCUGAUCCUGUUGCUGAUGAUCAUCAAGUAGAAGACUCUGGAGUUAAUGCGGGAACUGAACACAGUCAGGCUCGGCAACCGGCGAUAAUGGAGUUGCGUCACCAACUAUAGCAGGCUGCAGCUCUCGUCUUUCCGGAUCAUCUUCACCGGGACCUGGUAACACCCACUUCGUUUCAAUAAUAAGCUAUGUUGUCUCGAGAUCUGUUGUGAACACACCAACGUUGAACCAUGGUGAGUCGCAUAACAAAGGGUUGUGUCCGUAUUUUCCCCAUUUAUCUUGUGUCGCUGUCCUCUAAUCAAUUAUUUCG